AAUCCUUAAUGCAAUCCACUGGAUCGUUGCCCGGCAACAGUGUUCUAAACAAGUUUUUCUGAAGGUUUUCUGUGGUUGAAACAAAACUGACAAACACAACCAGCUAAGCUGCAAACAAGACACACCAGGAGUUUUAAUCUCUUGCUGAACUUGAAAUACGAACAAAUCAAGAUGUCACACUUCGAUCAAGCAGAUUACGCUGUUUUCAGAGAGAGACUGGCGGUCAUACAGAGGACAGGGAACAGGGUCGAGCUCCUGAUGAAACAAGUGCAGGAAAAGCUGACGGAAGUUGAUUUUUUGAAGAAACAAGAGCGGGAAAAGCUGAUGGAAGUUGAUCUUUUGAUGAAACAAGAGCAGGAAAAGCUGAUGGAAGUGAAUCUUUUGCAGUUUCGGCUGGGAAUGCAAGCGAAAUCUGUGCAAGAAGAACUUCAGGAUCUGGGAUGGCUGAUGGCAGAACGGCGUCGCCGACUUUACGCUUCAUCAGGUCCGGGGUCUCAGCUGGAGUCGUGUGAUUAUGAUUAUCUUAUGCCACAUUACCUGGACACAGUUAGUCCUGAAACAUGUGAUGGUCCCAUCCUGUAUCGAUCACCCUACAAACAAAGAGCCACAGAAAUGAUUCACCAUGACAGCGAUUACACCUCAAACACAGAUUCAGUGCUUCUCAGACGUUACCCCUCACCAUGGUCACCUGAGAACUGGAGUCUGAACGAAUUCGAGAGAUUUCUGUCAGAAGGAGAUGGAGAGGCAGAAGUUUGGGUGGACGAGGAACCAAAACGGCGAAGGAGAAAUACUCUGUAGACCACGGGGACGUUUGCAGGACCUGUCAGAGACAUUUUACAUCCCAGCUCAUCCUGCAAAUGGAAGAAAACAAAUAUUCAAUAAAUGAUGAGCAUAUCUA